UGUGUUUCUGGGUUUGCACAACAGAAGACUGGUGCUUGUACCUGAGAAAUCAUGUUCAGAUGCAUCAAGAAGUUACUACAGUACCUGAAAUUUUUUGUUUUUUUACUUAUUGAGAACACAUUCUGUAUAUUUUCUCGACCCAAAAAAUAUUUUGCUGGUGAAAUAGUACUUAUUACUGGCUCUGCAAAUGGGAUUGGAAGGCAGGUUGCCAUACAAUUGGCUCCUUUGGGAGUAACCUUGGUUCUUUGGGACAUUGAUGAUGAAGGCAAUAAAGAAACAAGCAGAUUAGCCCAACAAAAUGGAGCCAACCGGGUGUUUGUCUACCACUGUGACUGCAGCAAUAGGGAGAAUGUCUAUGAGCAGGCAGACAAGGUUAGAAAAGAAGUUGGGGAUGUGACUAUUCUAAUCAAUAAUGCUGGCAUACUGAUUGGGAAAAAGUUCUGUGAUCUUACAGAUGAAGAUUUUGAAAAGACCUUCAGAAUCAACUUCUUUUCUCAAGUCUGGACUCUCAAGGCCUUUCUUCCAGCCAUGGUGGCCUGUAACCGUGGGCACUUGGUUAGCACAGCCAGUGCAGCUGGAUUACUAGGACUCUACAGGGUAUCAGAUUAUUGUGCAAGUAAGAGUGCAAUCAUUGGAAUGAUGGAAGGCAUAAAUUCAGAACUGUAUCAUGAAGGAAAACGUGGCAUUAAAACAACAAUCAUUUGUCCUUAUUUUAUUAGUACUAGGUUAAGCAAAGGCUUCAAAAGCGCAAGACCCUGUUUGCUUCCUGUUUAUGAUCCAGAGUAUGCAGCCAGCAGGAUCGUGGAUGCAAUUAAAAAGGAAAAAUUUUAUCUGAUCAUGCCUCCAGCUAUAUACUUACUUGGAUUCAAAAUUUUCCUUCCUAGAAAAGUAACACUACUCUUCGAGUCUUACGUUAAGUUCCCUGAGAGCAUGGACGAAGCCUAUGGUCAGAAGAAAAAGGAUUGAAACAAAAAGCAUU